AUGAUUGUGUAUGACACUGUUGCCACGUUCUCUUAUGCAGUUCCCGGGCAAAAGGUGAUGAGAGAACCUCACUCAAUCAUUGUGGCUGUAGGCUUUCAUCUUGAAUAUGAAGUCGCUUAUAUAGCAGAAACAAAAGCUACAAUGCCAACCUGCAUCAGACAAGACGUAGUCCGUCUGACGAUAAUGUGCGUACCUAGUCCUCCCGCUUUGGUACCUAUGAACAGAAGCUCUCCAACUUUGAUCAUCAAAUUUAAACUCAUACGAGUACAAGUAGUUCUUCAGCUGAAGAUGAAGGAUCGGAGGGAUGUUAUCACACCAUCUCAAAAGAUUUAUUGUGUGACUACUAGGAAUCUCAUCGGCAUCGGACAUUAUGAGCAAAUCAUCAUCCUCGAUGCCAGCUAUUUUGAGAAGCUGGUCGAGUGCAACCCUCUGAUACCCCUCUUCCACAAACGGGUUUUCACCUCUCCUAAAUCUUCAACUAAUUCUUGCAUAUGUCAAUCGAGGCUCCACGAAUUUGAACUCGUCCCAAUUUAA